UGAAAACUGGCAUAGUUCGCAUUAAUCAAGAAAACCACUCGUGCUAUGUAUUUCUGCACUUUCACAUCAACUGUAGACAAAUUUCACGUCUUAUUUGCUUUGGUAACCGUUCCGUUUUUUCUUUCUUGACCUGAAAGUCCUUUUAACUAAAUUUACCCAUAGAAAACAUCUUAUACUUUAGUAUGUGAUGGCUCAAUUAUGAUUUGAAAAUGGUGAAUUAACAGACUCUAUUUUUUCACUAUUUCAGUUCUUAAAGAUGUCUCAACAAGAAACCUGCAUUUUCUCCUCGCAUCCCGAAGCAAAUUCCCUCUCAUUUCAAUGUUUCUUGGCUUUAUCUAACCAAGAGAGUACCAUUUUAAACUGCCUCGAGGGUCACAUCUUUCCUCUCAUUAACGAAGGAAUUUGUGAGAUUCUGGAACGUCGCGCAAACCACGAGCCAUUUCGUGUUCUCAGUGUUGGAAGCGGAGAGGGUGAAAAUGACAUCAAUAUUCUGAAAGCCUUGAGUGACAGCAGUUGGCGCGCGGACGGAGAAGCCGUCUCAAUGAUCAACCGAGUCGUUGAACCACACGUGGGUAGGCUGGAUAAAUUCCGUUCAAAAACUGAGAAUCUCCACGAACAUUUUGAAACAGGAGCAAACAUCGACUUUGAAUGGAUCCCCAUGACAUACCAAAAGUACAAGUCACAGAAAAAGGCAGAUGACAUCACGUUUGACCUGAUUCAUUUCACACACAGCAUCUAUUAUGUCGGAGUAGAAGAAGCGCUAGUUCAUUGUUACGAGAAAGAGCUUGGAAGAGAAGGCAUCAUCAUAUCAAUCGCUCAAAGCGAAGACGACCCUAUGCUGAAGUUCGCCCGCAAAUUCCCCAAUCAGCGGAGCCCUUCAUUCCCAAGAAAUAGAGAUGUCGUUGCGGUGGCCGAACAGAGAGGAUGGAAAUAUUUCGCUUGUCCAGGCGAUUGCAACAUCCUUGAUAUCACAGCCAUUUUUGAUAGCUCGUCAAGCGUGGGAAACUAUCUGCUGGAUUUCUUGACCAACCAAAAAGAUGUGCGGCAGAACGAAGACAAGGAAACAGUAAAAAAGAUCUUGAAGUUUUGGAAGCGGCAGUCGUAUAUCAACGAGGAUGGAAGAAGAAUUGUCGGAAUAAUGGAUAAUGCAGUGAUCAUUUUGAAAGGAUUUGAUCACAUAGAAAUAUAAUCGUACUGUACUGUGCAAUCUAAAAACUAUAUAUACUCAAAAUAUUUAUGCCUGAAGUCAGUAGCAAACUGAUAAGAACAUUCAGUCGGGGCUUUAUAGCUUAAUGUUUACGACGUUUUUGUGCUUAGUUGGUAAAUUCGGUAUUUUACUCGAUUUGGCAUUGUUUGG